CUAAACUGAUGCUUUGAAAAAUCACUUUCACUAUUGAUAAAUACGAAUUCAAAAGUUGUUUUUCUAUCAUAAUAUUUGCACUAAUUUCAUUACACACGUUUUUACUAUUCUAAGCAGCUAAAGUCUGUAUAUAUUUUACGUUGUGAGAUUAAUUGAUUGCAUAAUCAAUCGUUUUGAUUCUAUAAAAGUUGUAGAAGAACUAGAAAAUAUGCUGAUGCAGAGGAAUCUAUCACUUGUUCAUAGGGCAAUGUCUUCAAUGGCCGAGCGUACGGUUAUUUGCGAAGAAGUGGGCAAAGACAAAGGGAUUAUUACUCUUAACCGACAAAAAGCAUUGAAUGCCAUCAAUCUUGACAUGGUCCGACAAAUUUAUGGAGCGUUGAAAAGUUGGCAAGACAACAAAAGUCUAGUGAUCAUCAAAGGUGCUGGUGAGAAGGCAUUCUGUGCGGGAGGAGAUGUGCGCGCUUUAGUUGAAAAUGGUCUGACACAAUCUUCUAAAAACUUUUUCCGAGAAGAGUACAGAUUGAAUGCUUUGAUUGGAUCCUACAAACCGGAUUAUGUAGCAAUUGUAGAUGGAAUUACUAUGGGCGGAGGUGUAGGACUAUCCGUUCACGGGAAAUACCGCGUGGCAACCGAACGCACCAUGUUUGCCAUGCCCGAGACAGCGAUCGGUUUGUUUCCCGAUGUCGGAGGUGGCUUUUUCUUACCUAGGCUAGAAGGUAAGCUAGGGUUGUAUCUGGGACUUACUGGAUUUCGAUUGAAAGGACAGGAUGUUACGAAAGCCGGGAUUGCUACCCAUUAUGUGGAGAGCAAGAAUCUAGAUGCUCUCGAAAAGGAACUUUGUACAACCAGGAACAGUGCGGAUGUUAAUGACGUGCUUAAUAGAUUCAACGUGACAGAUAGUUCGGAAUUUGUGCUACAAAAGCAUAUUAAACAAAUAAAUAAAUGCUUUGCUGGUUCUACCGUUGAAGAUAUUCUCGCCAAUCUCGAAUCGGAUGGUAGUGUCUGGGCACAAAAUACGUUGAAAACGCUAGCCAAAAUGUCUCCCACAUCCCUGAAAGUAUCCAUGAAACAAUUAGACAUCGGUAGAACCCUUGAUCUUCGAAGCUGCCUCAAGAUGGAAUUCCGCAUGGCGGUCCAUUGCGUAAUCGACAGCGAUUUUAAGGAAGGAGUCCGAGCGAUGCUGAUCGAUCGCGAUCAGGCCCCGAAAUGGAAACCAAUAAAAUUAAACGAUGUAUCCGAGCAACAGGUGGAACGAUUUUUCGGACCGCUGCCCGAUGGAGAUGAACUGGUAUUUGAGGAUGAGGUGAAAUCCAAUCUAUGAGCAGUACUGGCAAACCAACCAAGAGUGCAUUUGAUAUAUUUGUAAGGGUAAGGUGUAAUCAUUUAAACGCAAAGCGUGGGAGGAAUAAGAUUCCGUUUUAGAUUUUAUACUCCAAGUAAUUAGUAGUCUGUGCGUUCCAAUCGAAGACUAAUAAAUUAAUAAAUAAUAACA